AUGUCGAGCGGGGAUCGACCCCCUUGGCUGAAGAAGCUGAAGCGAAUCAUCGGACGCCGCCUCCGCUCGGGAAGCCUCAGCACCAAGGCCGCGCGCCAACUCUGCGACGAGGUGCUCCCAUCGAUCCAAAGGCAUUCCCCGCCGCCGGCCGUUUCGGCAGCGGUGGACGUGUGGAGGUCCGACCGCCGCCCUUCCUGGGAGCUGGAGCAGUUCAUCGGGAAGUGUUACCGAUCGGGGACCUCGGCCCCGAGGACGCACUCGAUCUAUUCGAUGAAUUGCUUCCUCAAGCGAGGCCCGGCUCCGUUAAUUGCCCUCACCCAGCUCCUCACCGUCGUCGCUCGCGCCUCGGUCUCCUCCACCGUGCGCGACGGCCCUGUGCUCGCCGUUUCCCUGUUCAAUCGCAUGGCCAGAGCGGGCGGCAAGAAGGUGGCUCCAGAUGCUGCUACCUACACCACCCUCAUCAGCUGCUAUUGCCAAGCGGGUUGCUUGAACCUUGGCUUCGCUGCAUUGGGCCAAAUCAUUAAGACGGGGCUGAGAGCAGAUGCCGUCAUCUUCACGCCCCUGCUCAGGACCCUCUGUGCUGAGAAGAGGACGAGUGAUGCAGUGAAUAUUGUGCUCCAACGGAUGCCUGAGCUCGGCUACACCCCCAAUGUCUUCUCCUACACCACACUUCUCAAAGGGCUAUGUGAUGAGAAGAAAUGUGAAGAGGCUGUCGAACUUAUCCACAUGAUGGCUGAGGAUGACAACUGCCCACCUAAUGCAGUGUCCUAA